AUGGCAGAUGUUAGGGCUCGGAUAGGGACUACUAUGGGUCAAUUUUUGGAAGCUAUCCAAACCGUUACCCGUGGACAAGGAGAGUUAAGGCAGCCUGUUCAGAGGCCGGAUGUUACCGUUGAUCCAAGUGGCGUUCAUCAAAAAGUCGUCAAUCCUACCCAAGAGGUCCCUUUGAAUCAGAAUGUUAGAAACACUAUGCGAGUUCCCGUCAACGAGGCUCUGUACCGUGAGAAUCUUUCUGUUUCGUCAUAUGAUACUUUUAAGUUUCCAAUGGAUGAAGAUGAGGGUAAGCUUCGUCUUUUGGAUAAGAGAUUGAAAGCUGUUGAGGAUCGUGAUUGCCUUGGUUUGGAUGCUGCUAGUUUAUGCUUGGUGCCCGAUAUCAAGAUUCCUCCAAAGUUCAAAGAUAGUCUUAGUGGGGCAUCUCUUGAAUGGUAUACCCAGCUUGAAAGGACCAACAUCCGAACUUGGAAAGAUCUAGCCAAAGCCUUUUUCAAGCAUUACAAACAUAACAGUGAUAUGGUUCCUACCAGAAUCCAACUUCAGGGUUUGACUCAGAAGAUUGACGAAUCCUUUAGAGAGUAUGCACAAAGAUGGAGGGAGCUAGCUGCCAGAGUCCAACCGCCCCUUUUGGAACGAGAACUUAUAGACAUGUUCAUGGACACGUUACAAGAUCCCUAUCUGAAUCGGAUGGUUGGGUGCGCCGCUUCUGAAUUCUCAACUUUGGCUGUCAUAGGAGAAAGAAUUGAGCAUGGUCUUAUGACUGGUAAGAUUCAGAAUGCUGCUACUAAUUUUGAAUUCCCAGAACAGGAUGGUGAAGAAACAAGUACAAUUUCCGAAGUUGAAGAGAAAGAUCAUGCUUAUUCUCCGGCUCAGAUCCCUUGCUAUCAGAUGACGGAAAUUAUUCCUGAUCAGGAUGCUCCACAAAUAUGUGUUGCAACUAUUAGCCAGCCACCAGUUCAAUUUGUGCAACAAGAGCAUGUUCUAUAUAAUCAAUCACUUAAGUAUGCUCCACAACAACAGCAGAGAUAUAAACAAAACCGUCGAGCACAAGGCGGGCAGAAUCAGCAGAGGCCCCGAAAUAAUCUAGAGAGAAGGAAUUCUCCCCUAGAUCCAAUCCCUAUGACCUACAGUCAACUCCUGCCACAUCUGGUACAAAGCUCAUUGGUGGUUCCCAAGUUUCUUAAGCCACCAAAGUCAUUCCCUCCUGAGUAUGACCCCAAUGUGCAAUGUGAAUAUCAUGCUGGAUCAGUAGGGAACUCGACUGAGGAUUGCAACGCUUUUAAAGCCAAAGUUCAACAGUUGUUUGACAGGAGGUACUUAACCUUUCAAGAAGGAGAAUUGUUGAUAAAUGGUCACCCCUUACUUUGA